GCGUGUUGCUGCUCAGUAUGUCUGUGCCGGAAUAAUUUAAUGGACGGUUGACUUGCUGUGUUUCGGAAUGGAGUCGCCUUCGAGCGUUUUCACAUUUCCACGCUGUGGACCGGCACAUGUUUAAUCCCUCCUGUUUCCUAAAAGGGCUAACAUGUAAUUUCCAUCCUGUGGAAGUCAUUCCUCGGAGGCUGGAAGAGGUGACUGGUCUGCAGAGAUCACAUGCUCUCCCCUGUGUUCCCUUUCCUUCUCCUUAGCAGCGCUCUUCAUCUCCCUUGCCUUCCCUUUCCCUCCUACUCUUUCUCUCUCUCUCUCUCUCUGUGCCUCAUGCUUUGCUGGCGUGGUGGUUUCUGAAAAAAGAAAAAAAAAACAGUUUUUGAGGAUGUGAAAAGGGGAAAGACUGAGUGCGCUCCAGCAUGUGUAGCUCUGCAUCCUCUCAGACCAACACGUCCCCCUCUCCUUCAUAAUCUUCCCCUUUUACACCCCUUCUCAUCCCUUCCUCGAGGAUCGCUUCUUCUCCGACGACAUGUAUUCCCUGGACGAUUUCGGCGAGCAGAGCAUCUGCCAGGCGCGGGCCUCUGUGAUGGUCUACGAUGACGCCAGUAAGAAGUGGGUGCCCAUCAAGCCGGGGCAGCAGGGCUUCAGCCGCAUUAACAUCUACCACAACACUGCCAACAACACCUUCAGAGUGGUGGGAGUCAAACUACAGGACCAGCAGGUGGUUAUCAACUACUCCAUAGUGAAGGGUCUGAAGUACAACCAGGCCACUCCAACCUUCCAUCAGUGGCGGGAUGCUCGGCAGGUCUACGGGCUGAACUUUGCCAGUAAGGAGGAGGCCACCACCUUCUCCAACGCCAUGCUGUUCGCCCUCAAUGUCCUCAGCUCGCCAGACAGUGGAGGUCCUGUAGUUCAGCGCCAAAAUGGUCCCUCCUCAGAAGACAACGAAGCACAGAGGAGGAUGAUGGAGCAGCAUCAGAUGCAGGCGCACAAGGAGAGGGAGCGGCGGACGUCAGGAUCAGUCGUUUCCACCCUCCAGUAUAAAGUGUCCACCCCACCCACCCACCCAGACACUCCUCCAGAGUACAGACAGUUCAGGGCUAGCACACUGCCGCCCUCCUACGUCCGCGUGGCCUCCUCCUCCUCCUCUCCUCCCUCCUCCAUGUCUCCCUCUCAGGAGAAGGAGGCGGGGGGCGCUAGGGACAAGGCCCAGCUCUCCUCCCAGCUCUCCACCUCACUGGCCUCGGCCUUUUCCCCGGUCCAGACAGGAGUGAACACCCAGGGCCGACAGGUCCGCCAGAUCCCCCUGUCCCCCCCCACGGCAGCCCGCCACCUACAGCAGCAGCAGCAGCAGCAGCAGGACAUCCAUCUCCCCCCCAAACACGGCACCUGGUCUGCCUCCCACAUGCAGCAGAUGUACCCCCAGCCCUCCUCGUCCCCUCCAGUAAUGAUGGCCAUGCCUGUAAAGCAGGGUUUGCCCCCUCAGCCAGUCCUCCCCGUAGCUCACCCCCUCCCGCCUGUCAGGGAUGUCAGGAUGAAGCCCCCUCCCCUCGAACCCCCCGCUGCGGGGGGCCACCACCAGUACCCCCAGCAGCCGCCCCACCCUCACUCCAACGGCCAGCCAGACGACUCCUACUCUCCUCUUUCUCAGCAUCUCCCGCUCACCCCGCAGUACUGCGAGGCCAUCCCCCUCCCUCCCCUGAUAGGUCAGCCAGCACCUGGCCCCGCCCCCAACCACCAGCCUCAGAACCAAUUAACCUUCCACUCUCAGCAGCAGCUCCACCAACACCACCAGCAGCAGCAGCAGCACCACCACCACCACCAGCAGCAGCACCAGCAGAACCAGCAGGCCCAGACCCCCACCACUGUCACCUCAUCCUCCUCUUCCUCCUCGCCCCCCUCUUACACUGCCAUGUCUGACGGGGGCUCUCCCAAGAAGACCCCCUCCCCUGUCCCCCAGCCGGCCUCUGCGGCCAGCAGCAGCGGCCCCGUCUCUGCAGGUCACCCGGCCAUGCUGUCCGUGGCCCCGCCUCCAGCUGCAGCUCCGGCACCCAUGGCUGGUCCUCCAGCUCCGCCGCCACCACCGGGUCCACCCCCUCCCAUGGCAGUGCCUCCGCCCAUGCCCCCUCCUUUGCCCACCGGUGGAGGGCCUCCCGGGGGCCCGCCCGGGGUCCAGCCUUCAGGACUUGCUGCAGCUCUGGCUGGAGCCAAGCUACGGAAAGUUCACAGGGAUGAGAGCAGCCCGCCCGGCUCUGGGGGUAAAUGCGACUCCAACCGGUCGAGUGGGGGCAGCGGCGGCGGAGGAGAGGGUCUUAUGCAGGAGAUGAAUGCCUUACUAGCUCGCAGACGAAAAGCUUCAGAGAAACCGGAUGAAGAUGAUUCAAGCGGUCGAGGUCCGGGUCAGCAGAACUCAACAGAUGCUUUGAAGAAGCCCUGGGAGCGGUCCAACUCGGCAGAUAAGUCCUCGCUGGUGUCCAGAGUGAGGCCUAUCGGCAGCACCAGCGAAGCCGACACCGAAUUUGACAGGAUGAAACAGGAGAUUCUGGAUGAGGUCGUGCGCGAGUUGCACAAAGUGAAAGAUGAAAUCAUUAAUGCCAUCAGACACGAAAUCGGCAGAAUCAGUACCUCCUAAUCUCAUGCGAGCGAGCCGGAAGGAGGAGCGGGAGGCGGGAGCGGCGGGAGGUGGACGGACACGCAGAUGCACAGACACGAGGACCAGGGAAUGUUCUCUCAAUGUUUCUGUGACCUCGCGACGCCACGGGGCAAGUUGCAGAGACGUUGUGCCAACAUUUAAGUCUGCUGGACAGCAAAACGGAAAUAGGAAAGCGGGGAUUUUUAUGAAGGAAGCUGAGAGACUAAAGCUCUGAUUAAUUUAAGGAAAGGUGGAAAGACGUGGACUUAAAGUUGAAAAAGAAGAGACAUUUGUACUGAGUUUGGUGUUGUGGUCCUCUCUGUGCACCUAGACUCAGUCAGCCCAGUGUUGCAGCUUUUUUUUUUUUUGUUUCUGUUCUCCGUUGAGUCUUAUGAAGAAAAUAUUUUUUUUUUUGUUUUCUAAGUUUUUACUGUUUUAUUAUUUAAACCUGUGGUGAUAAUGACGACGAUGCUGUUGACGACGGUGAGUGUUACAUGGUAUUAGAGAAGGACAAAGGAAUCUUGCACACCAUUUCUGUCAGCUUUUUACAUUUUCUAUGGUCGCUUUUGGUUCGGUUUCUCCCUGAACAUUUCAUGAGAUCAAGCACAAUAAUGGGGACAGCUGCCGACGCAGACCCACGUGCCCCUCAAAUGGCAUAUUUAAAACAAAAACAAAAAAGGAAAACUUUUAUAACAUUGCUCAUUCUGGUGUUGUAUGUCUAACAUUUCCUCCACAUAGAUGAAAAUUACCUCCUGUCUCUCCUAUCUGAGGCAGAAAAUGUUUUUUUUUCAGCGUUAUUAAUCGAAGCGGAGUCCGCAUACGGCUCCGGUGUGACUGAGAAACACGUUGGGGAUCGUUCAUAAAACAGGCCGACGAGUGUAAAUGUGCCGCCCUGUUUUACUUCCCUGCAUAUGGAACCGUGUCUUCUCUAUUAGUCAUCCUAUGCUUUGUGAACCUCCCAGUAUGCAUGACCCUCCCUCUCCGUCUCUAUUUGUUUUCUAUUCGGUUCAAAACUUAAUUAAAAAUCUAUAUAAACGGUGGUACAUUUAUUAUAGUGGUUUGUUUCUACAACGGUUCCCCUCCCCCCCCUGUUCUGUAGAUGAGAUGUUUGAACGUGGUGAUGUGGGGUAAAAGUCGAGCUCGGUGUGUAGGUUUUAUCUGGAGACGAAUGUCCUGAGGAGGGUUGACGGCGACGGCGGUUUAACAUGUUUCUGCAGGAUGGAUUUGGAGAAAUACCAGCUGUUGAAUUCUGUCCACUCUCCACUCGUUCUGAUUUAAAAGCUGGAAGUAAAUUUAUUCAAACAAAAUCAA